CCAGUCUCUAGCAAAAUCCAUUAUCUCUUCCAUCACAUUUCAAAAUGGCUCGAGGUGUACGCAAUAAGGCACAGCUGGGAACCUACUAUCGGACUGCAACAGGUCCUCGGUCUGUCCCAUUGACCGACCCUCAAGGUCAUCGUCCUCGGUGGCCGAUAGAUAUUGGGGGCGUCCACGUUUAUUCAAGGGAUGCUGAAUCUGUCAUAUUUGUACCCAGCUCCCGAUUCUGGAUCGAAAACGAAGCCGACGACCCAGAUGCUUUGUGGCGAGAAGACACAGAGGCUUUCGACUGCUUUAAAACGUCUUAUGCUUAUAACAUGAUUGGCCAAGAGCAUCCAAGAAUCGUACCUGUUAUCGGUCAAGAUGCCUGGACAGGUCUUCCUAUACUAAAGAAACCGUCGUAUGGCUCUCUUUGGACCUUUAUACAGAACUAUGGCUCUCAUGUUUACACGGCUCAAGCAGAUGCUGCACCUCCCACAUCCCGGAUCAAGCCAGAGUUCCGACCUUUGGCCUACCAGUGGAGCUUACAACUACUAUCAGGCCUCUCAUUAAUUCACUCUCGCGGUAUCGCUUACGGAGAGCUCAUCGAGACAAACUGCUGGAUCAGUGCAGGCUCUCUAUCGAUGGCGGUAGCAGGCUUCCUCGGUUCUGACUUUACCGACCCAAGCAAUGGUUGGAACUUCCCCGGCUCUUUCUUCAGCGGUAUCGAGUUUUCGCCAGAAUACCUUCCUCUUUCGCGGGCGGGCGAGACUGAACGCUUGAUGGCCGAGGAGGACUGGAUGCCUGAUCUUGAAGAUGAGUUCAUGGGAAAGACUGUUCAUAAGUGCUGGAGGUUUAAGUACGAGGAUGUUGAAGAAUUACAGAGCGAGGUGCAAGCGUUCGUUGAAGCACAUGGGUGGUCUAUUAGAGGGGACGAACUUGAGGGUUUCGACGCCCACAGUAUUCAUCGCGAACUCAAGGCCAACUUUGUUCCGGAAGAUGACGAAUAG